UGUCGUCACGCAUCUGAUGGAACCGCAGCACGCGCAUCCGAUUAAGCAGUGGAAACUGUAAGUGCCUGUUUCUUCAUGUUGACGACAGCAGCUUCAUUAACACUUUGUCAUGGUUGAGUAGAAUUCUCGAAUUACAUAAAAUGAUGAAUUCAUCAACUUUAGCAAAUGCAUUAAGUAAUGCUGUGCGAUGUGUACCCAGAACACUGGCCAUACAGGGAGCAACAAGAAAUAUGUUCUCCAUGUCAAACUUCUGCUGCAAACAAAAUAUGUCCAACAACUUUUCAAGCACUUCCCAAGUAAGAAAAUCUUUUGUGAUAAAGAACAGUGAAGAUUUUGUUAACAAGGUCAUGAACAGCGAUGUUCCUGUUAUUGUGAACUUCCAUGCAGAAUGGUGUGACCCCUGUAAGAUCUUGUCUCCAAAACUUAAAGAGUUGGUUGAGCCAAUGAAUGAUAUUCAUCUUGCCGUUAUUGACGUAGAGAACAAUGCCGAACUGGUUCACGCUUUUGAAGUCAAGGCAGUACCGGCCGUUCUUGCCGUAAGAAAUGGUUUAGUAGUUGAUAAGUUUAUUGGUUUAGUUGAUGCAGAUAUGAUUGAGAAUUUGAUUAAGAAAUUAACGAUUAAAUCAAAGCAAGACGAAUAACACGGUGAACAGGUGGAUACAUUAAGAGAUUCUGAAACAUAAGACAUUCACAGGUUGCAAACAUUAAAAUAGGACAAUAGUUCUGCAAUACAAGCCCAGGGGUUGCCAACAUUUUUUGUGUUAGGGCAAAUAUGAGGAUAUGUAAAUUUAAAAUUAAUACCAUAUACUCUUACACGAAAAUAUAA